AUGUUGGUGAUUAUUGGAUCUGCUAUCGUCCUAGCCACCUUCGCGCUCUCUCUUUGUUUUCGCCCGUAUUCAGCCAUCCGACGCCUGCCUAGUCCGGCUGUAAGCGAGCUGGUAUGGGGUCAUGAGAAGUUGGUCUUCUCAAACCCGCCAGGGCACCUCUUCAGGCAAUGGACUCGGGAGCUUGGCCUAACCUUCAGAAUCCGAGCAGCACUUGGUCUAGUACUUAGUGACCCGCUCGGCAUCUCGUACCUGCUACAGAAGAGGAUUUUCGACUUCCAUCACAGCAGAGUUGUCCGGCCUCGGAUUGGACGCUUACUAGGAAAAGGUCUGGGCUGGGUCGAGGGUGAGGCCGAGCAUAGACGGAUGAAGCAGCUAGUCAUGCCUUCGCUCACCGUCGAAAACAUCAAAGGCAUGUCCUACGAUAUCGUGGAUGCAACAAUACCGGUCAUGAAUGACCUCACUCACUUACUGGAGGCGAGUGGUGGGAGCGCUCGGGUAAAUGUCCUUGAUUUGAUGAACAAGGUUACUCUUAAUGUUAUUGGCAGAGUGGCUUUCCUCCAUGAUUUUGAAGGCGGUAACAGCCCAGCCGCGAAGGACAUUCUUAGCGCACGUUCAAAGAGUCUGUCGGGAAUCGCCCGCUAUUCCGCGUUCUUGACUUUGAUGUUACUACGACGAUUCCCAGUUCUGAACGAUCUGCCCAUCCCCGCUCUCCAAGCGCAGGGUAUUAUGUCAACAACCAUAAAAUCGGGCAUUGCGCGGGAGAUCGUUCGGAGACAUGAGGAGGCAGCACCUCCUAUUGAGAAGAAGAGCAAAGAUCUACUCAGUAUAUUGCUCACAGCUGUUAGAGAAGGUCGAAUGUCAGAAGCGGAGCUUUACGAACAGUGGAUUUCUAGGGUUGGAGGACAAGAAACCACCAGCUUUACUCUGGCUUUCAGUGUCCUCGAGAUUUCUCGGAAUCCGCAUAUCCAAGAGCGGCUGCGUAACGAGCUCGCAAGCAUCCCAGGGGAAGUGACAUAUGAAGACUUCGAGUCUAAACUCCCAUAUUUGGAUGCCGUGAUGAGAGAAACGUUAAGGAUGUAUCCAGCCUUAGCUUACAUGGAGCGUGUAGCAACCAAGUCGGAUGCGAUCCCGGUCCAGCUGCCAAUCCGAUUAUCGGAUGGGCGUGUAGUUAACGAGGUCGAGGUCCACCCCGGACAAACUGUGAUUAUUCCUAUCAUCGCUAUCCAUCGAUCCGUGUCUGUCUGGGGAGACCCGGACGUCUUUCGUCCUGAGCGCUGGUUGGAGCAGCUUCCGGCCCAGAAGGACUUAGUGUCAGGGUGGUCGAACCUUUUGAGCUUCAGCAAUGGGCCCAGAACCUGUAUUGGCAGGAAAUUUGCCAUCUAUGAAUAUAAGCAAUCAGUGGAGACUGUACGACAGCCUUGGAGGAGAUGGAACCGGGAGCUGGAGGCGACCGUGGCACUCAGGAGUCUGAUCAAGUAG